UCCUGGGAGUAGUGGUUCGGCGACGGCCGACGCCGACUGUCCUUGCUGGUUGCAGGAACUACAACUCCCAGUGCGACCCGGAAACAGCCUGGGCAGAGGAGCUGUUGGUACAGCUUUGGUCGAGAUCCGGGCCUGAACCAGGAAAAUGUUGCUGGCGCCCCAGGAAAGGCCCUCCUCAAAGAAGAGGAUGGGACUGAGUCGCUGGAAACGGUUCACAAGGAAGCCGAGUCCCCAGCUUGCUUUUGACCCUGAUGAUGUGAAGCACUGGAUUAAGAGAGUGGAGGAGGCCUCAGAAUUUGCAGUUUCAGAUGUGUUUUCUGCCAGAAAUUCAGAUUUACCAAGAAGGCUUUGGGGCCAAAUCCCAGAUUUGGAAACAUCUGAGCAAAUAGAAGAUCAUGAUGAAGUCUAUGCAGAAGCUCAGGAGCUGGUCAAUGACUGGUUAGACACCAAACUUAAACAGGAAUUAGCAAGUGAUGGAGAAGGGGAUUCUGAAAACACUGUGUUGAGUAUCACUCCUAUGGAAGAAGCCAGUAGUCACUGGAAGUACAACAAGUUUGAUGAUUUAUAUGGUUAUUUGGAGGAAGAAGAGGAAAGUACCACUGUUCAAAAAUUUUUAGACCAUCUGCUCCGUAAAGAAGUGGUGGAUUCUGGGAUGCUGGAAGAUCUUGGAAUGAAGGAAAACCAAGACAAGAAGCAGCAGAAGGAUCCUCGGCUUACCAUGGAGAUGAGACAUAAGCAGGUAAAAGAAAAUCGCAUAAGACGUGAGAAAGAACUGGAGUUCCAGAGAAUUGAAAAGGCCUUGAAAAAGUCAGCCUUCCUGGAGGCUCAGUAUUUGGUGCAAGAAGAGAAAAAAAGGAAGGCUCUUGAGGCCAAGAAAGAGGAGGAGGAGAUUCGGAGAGAGAUGAUAAAAUUGAGGAGGGAGAUCAUUGAGAGGAGACACACUGUGGAAGAAGCCUGGAAAAUAGAGAAGACAAAGCAAGAAGAAAAUUCUCAAAAGAAUCCAGAAAAAGGCACAUUUCAGAGUGCACACAUUCCUCUAGAUGAAGGAAAAAUGGCAAGAGAAAGAAAAAUGAAACUGAAGAAAUUAUUAAUCCAGACUUUCAAGGAAAAUCACCAGUGUCAAAAACGAUAUUUCUCUGCCUGGCACAAGCUGACACUUGAUCAUCAGAUUAAGCUGGGGAAAGCUGGGACGUUGUCUGAUUGGAAGCUUCAACUGAAGGUUCUCCGGGCCUGGAGAGACUACACAAGAUCCCAAAAGCUUAAGCGGGAGACGCAAGCCUUGGAAAACAAUCUUAGGGAGGAAAACAGAAAACAACAACUGGCCACUGAGUAUAACCGGAAACAAGUUCUUCGACACUGCUUUACAGAAUGGCAGCGUUGGCAUGGUGCAGAGUUCCUAAAGAGAGAGCUGGCUCUGGCAAAGGAGGAAACUAGGAAGAAAAUGGAUGAGCUGCUGAAUGCAGCAUUACUAGGGAAACUGAGUGCCAGUGGGGCCUCAGGAAUCAGUCCACUUGAGGAGACAACAGCCAAGAUGGAUCCGCAAGUAAGAAAAGGAGAGGUGACAGCCAUGCCCCCUUUAUGGAAAAAGCCUCCCAUGGAGAGCGAUGGUUGUAUGCCCGGCCCUCUUCAAGGAAGAACAAAGGGUCAUUUGCAGGAUCCCCUUCAGGAUGUGCCUCAGAAUACAACUGACAACAAGCAGCACAUGACCCUGGACACUGAACCCUCCCAACAGCCUGCCACUGGGAAGCAUGGAACCAGUCAGGAAGCAGAACCCACAUGCAUGGGUCAUUUCCAUAACCGCCAUGUCUUCCAACAGCAGCUGAUUAAGGAGCAAAAGAAGAAGCUUCAGGAACAGCAGAAAACAAUUCUCAAGCUGAAGGAAACCCAGCGGCUAGCAGAGGCUCGGUGGGCAGCAGAGCGGGCUGCAGCUGGCACAGGUGCACAGAGCCGCCUGCUGCCAAAUCCCAGAGGACAGGUGGAACCGAAAGGAACCUGCCAGAAGCUUCUGAGUUCAUCUGCGGCUUCCCCUGUGACUAAAGGCGGAAGAAGUGAUUCCCAAAAUUCUCUUUCUGGACCCAGAAAGAAGCUGAAACAGCCGGUGGCACCGCAUCCCAUCCUGAAAGCUAUGGAAGAGAGAGCGAUUCAACGAGCUGAAUGUAGGCGAAUCUUGGCAGAGAGGAAGAAAAAGCAAGAAGAGGAGAAAUUGGCCCUCUUAAAGGCCCAAGAGGAGGAGCGUCAGAUGCGGGAGGCAGAAGAAAAGGAAGCUCAGCUGAAGAGAAAACGAGAAGAGGAGAAACUGAAGAAAAUGAAAGAGCUAGAGAAGCAGAAGAGAAUUAAGAGGAACCAACAGCUGGAAGCAAUAGCCCAAGCACAUUACAAAAAGGUCUUGCUAACCAAAAAAGGUCUAGAGCCUUGGAAGAGACUGAGAAUGCAAAGCAAACAAAAUGUCCAGGUAGCAGAGGAACAUCACCGUUUGGCCCUUCAGAAGAAAUGCCUACUGGCCUGGUUGCAAAGUAGUCAGGAAAGUCUGGCUAAGAAGACGGCCCAGGCUGAUGAAUUUUAUUCCCGUAUAUUGUUGAGGAGAGUCAUUGGGAGCUGGCUCUGGUACCUGAAUGAUCUGGAAGAAGAAGUAAGAAAACUUUGUGUACAUUUCCUUCAGAAGAAGAUUUUCAGGGCCUGGCUUAGCAUGGUUAGGGAGGCAAAGAGCGAUUCCCAGAGCAAGCAUGAGAUUGCGGCACAACAUAGUGACAGGAGGAUUCUCUGGCUCAUGUUUCAGACAUGGAAGAAGUCUGCAAAAUUUAUGAAAGAGGAAAGACUGAAAGAAGAGAGGCGAGAGCAACUCCGUAGAAGGGUAGCUGAAAUUCUUCCAGACUUCCAGAUGCCACCGGCACUGUGAUCGCUGCGCGUCACAGCGACCAGGUACCAGCCCUGGAGAAAGCGAAGUCUUUGGUGUGCCAGUGAACACGGACCAGUGCAGCGCUCAGGGCGGCGAUCUCAGGGGGCCCCGAGUGCACGCUCCUGUCAUCGCUGCCCGUAUACACGCCCUCGGAUCAGAGGAAUGAUCUGAGAAUCUGUACUUCCUCCUUUUGAUUUCUCCCAGACUGCCAGUCAUUCACUCGAACACUCAGCACUGUGGCGUUAUCCAAAGGAACAGGUAAGAGCUCCACGGUUCAAAUGGAUUCUAUUCUCGUGUAUUUUUCGCAGAGUAAGCUUAAAAAAGGGACAGGUGUAUGCGUGCCUGAUCCUGGGAAGGAAAGUAUGUUGCUUAAAGGGCGAUGUCAACAAAUGCGACUUUAAUUAAAUGGAAUUCAGUGGUGCAUGCUUAGAAAAGAAGGCGUGGCUGGCUUUCUCGUACCUGAGCAGCAGUGCCAGCCAACCUAUCCUCUGUUGAGCACCCCACGCCUCUGAAAGGUGCCCUACAAUUCAGAGAAAUUGGGGCGCCAAGGAUCCUCUUUCUUCAGUGUGUGUUGAUAAGCAUGCAGGAAAUUCCGGAAGCGAAUUCUCUAUCAAAGACAAUCCAGCAACUCAAUAAAAUGUCUGCUCCUAUUU